AUGGAUUUCAAGAAUGUGGAGGACGAAGAAAAAUGUGUUCUUGGGACAGCCCAGAAAUUUGAAGGGGCCUUAGAAUUGAGAGUGAAGGAUGAGGGGUGUUUGGAUAAUAGUGGGACCAGCGUGUUUUUGAGGGCUGAUAAGAUCGAUUUCAAGACUUGGGACGUGCAGAUGGAGAAGCAUUUGGGCCGGGCUUGGUCGAAGGAUAACGAGGAGGCCCGUAGCAAGCCCGAGGAAUGGGGGAUUGACUUGGCUAAGCUUGAAAUCAAGAAUGUUAUAGCUUACGGGACAUAUGGUACUGUUUACAGAGGUGUUUAUGAUGGCCUAGAUGUUGCUGUGAAAGUAUUGGAUUGGGGAGAGGAUGGUAUAGCCACAGCUGCUGAGACUGCUGCCCUUCGAGCAUCUUUCAAGCAAGAAGUGGCCGUGUGGCAUAAGCUCGACCAUCCAAACGUAACCAAGUUUAUUGGUGCUUCAAUGGGUACAUCGAAUCUUAAACUUCCAUCUCAAGAAAAUCUGGCCGUCGGUCACAAUUCACUUCCAUCACGAGCUUGUUGUGUUGUGGUCGAGUAUAUUCCAGGGGGGACUUUGAAGAAAUUCGUAAUCCGGAAUAGCCAGAAAAAACUUGCCUUCAAGAUCGUGGUUCAACUCGCUUUGGAUCUUGCUCGAGGAUUGAGUUACCUCCAUUCGAAAAAAAUCGUACAUCGUGAUGUGAAGGCGGAGAAUAUGCUGCUGCACGCCGACAAAAUUCUCAAAAUCGCAGAUUUUGGAGUUGCGAGAAUCGAAGCUCAGAAUCCAAGGGACAUGACUGGCAAUACUGGAACUCUCGGUUAUAUGGCGCCUGAGGUUCUUGAUGGUAAACCGUACAACAGGAAAUGCGAUGUGUACAGUUUCGGCAUAUGUCUGUGGGAAAUUUACUGUUGCGAGAUGCCUUAUCCCGACUUGAGCUUUGCCGAGGUAUCGUCUGCUGUGGUUCAACAGAAUUUGCGACCGGAAAUUCCGAGAUGCUGCCCGAGCACAUUAGCCAACAUCAUGCGAAAGUGUUGGGACCCGAAACCCGAUAAACGACCCGAAAUGGACGAGGUCGUCAAGUUGUUGGAAGCAGUGAAUACGAGCAACAGUGGUGGGAUGAUACCGGACGAUCAAGCUCGGAAGAAGAAAAGGGAGAACAGAGAUUUUGCAUUGCAAUUGAGGGAAAUGGGGCACGUCGCGACGGCCAUGUCCGAUUUCCUCCGCCAAUGCGGCGGCGGCGUCGCCGUGAUCGACGGCGGACUCGCCACGGAGCUCGAACGCCACGGCGCCGAUCUCCACGACCCUCUUUGGAGCGCCAAAUGCCUCCUCACCUCUCCCCACCUUAUCCGUGCCGUACACUUAGAUUACCUCGAGGCAGGUGCAGACAUCAUAAUCACAGCUUCUUAUCAGGCCACAAUACAGGGAUUCAAGAACAAAGGAUAUUCACUAGAGGAGAGUGAGAAUUUGUUGAGAAAGAGUGUUGAAAUUGCACUCGAGGCACGAGAAGUAUACUACGGCCGGUGCCGUGAGGCUCUCACCAAUCAAACUCCCGAUAAUGAUAAGAUUCUCAAUCAACGGCCGAUAUUAGUUGCUGCAUCUGUAGGGAGUUAUGGGGCUUAUUUAGCUGAUGGUUCAGAAUAUAGUGGUGAUUAUGGGGAUGCUAUGGAUCUUGAUUUCUUAAAGAACUUCCACAGAAGGAGAGUUAAAGUCCUUGCUGAUGCUGGUCCUGAUCUUAUCGCAUUCGAAACUGUGCCCAACAAGCUUGAAGCUCAGGCUUUUGCUGAGCUUCUCGAGGAAAACGAGAUUGAUAUUCCCGCAUGGCUGUCAUUCAACUCGAAAGAUGGAGUUAAUGUGGUUAGCGGAGAUUCUUUGCUCGAAUGUGCUGCCAUUGCUGAGUCAUCCAGCAAAAUCGUGGCCGUGGGGAUUAAUUGUACUCCACCUAGAUUUAUCAUGGAUCUUAUUCUCUCGAUCAAGAAGGUGACGAAUAAACCAAUACUUAUUUAUCCAAACAGUGGCGAGAGUUAUGAUGCUGAUCUGAAGGAGUGGGUGCAAAACACAGGGGUUUCGGACAAAGACUUUGUUUCAUACGUAAAUAGAUGGUGUGAAGCAGGGGCAUCUCUUGUCGGAGGUUGCUGCCGAACAACUCCUCACACUAUCCGCUCGAUUUACAAAACUCUCCUCAGUAGACGUUGA